AUGAUUGCAAUUUUGCAUGUUUUAAACGAAAAGAUAGCAUUAAAAGCGUUAACACAUCAAAGGACUAAUGAUGCGAAUGACAACAUACCGUCAACAUCAAUGUCUCUUUAUUACGAGAAAGGAUCCCAUCACCACUAUCACCCUAAUCGUCAAAUCAACACAAGCCUAGAAAGGAAAAUUCGAUACGGUCGUGAACAUCCUCCCAACUACCUGCCAAGGUUAAGCGUGGUGCUACCGUGCAGCAUCGGCUCUAGUGUAGACGCUAUAUCUAUGCCUCCUCUAAAAAAACAGCUUUCACAUGGCGAUGAAUCAAUGACAGUAGUACUCUCAGCGUUUUAUGCGAAAUUAUUAAUAGUUUUAGGAUUAGCGUUACCAGUGACCAGCACAAUACAAAAUGAAAUUUACACUAAUAUAGCAUCUGAUAUAUUUACAAUGUACCUAUACGUAGGCAGUAUACUUUUCCUCGCAUACACUUUCUAUCAUCUCCGAAUGGCUAAAAACAAUAAAAACGAUUUGAUAAGGCGGACACGUUACGGGAGUUUUUAUCUACACAUGGGGGUAGCAGGAUUCGGUGUCGGUUCUAUUAUUUACUCGUGUCUACAGUUCGGCGGAUACUUCGACCUCUCGGGCGAUUGUCAGCUGGUCAUAGUUGCGUUGAAGCCAGUUCUUAGAAUAGUCUUUAUGGUUACCCAAACUGUUUUUAUUUUUUCAUAUACUGACUUGUUGGAUCCAAUGCGAGGUGUUGUGUUGGAUCGAUUUGGUUUAAUGCAUCUAAUAGCCACCAACGUAUGCGAGUGGCUUAACAUCGUCAUUCAAGAAACUAGGGAUGAUAUCGAUGCUGUUGCUUACAAUCAAUCAGCGGUCUCAAGAUAUACAAAUAUACGUGAACCUCUAAAAGUAAUGAUGACUGACGAUGUUGUAAAUAGAACCUUAGUAGAGGACUAUGUGAAUGAUAAUUACACAUCUCAAAGUCAAAUAAUUCAUGUAAACUUAACUGCAAGGAUAGAAACUUGGAGUUGUAAUGUCUCGGACAUGAUAACGCCUCUAAUUAGAACCAUGAAUCCUUAUUUAAGACCGUGCGGGGUUGAAUACAGCUUGCUGUGCUCCAUAAUAAUAGUUGUUAUAUGGAACGAUAUCUGCACCGUGCCAGGAUCGGGCGUGGCAACUCCUAACUCAAAUAUGGACAAUAGAAAACAAUGUUGUGGCAAAAUUAAGUCUAACAAUCACUUUUCGGUGGACUGCGGCAGUGCUCACAAAGGAUUAUUUUUGGGAGUAGCGGUCCUAGCUGGAACCAUAGUUAGCUUAAUGCUUUUUAACGGCCUCUUCCAAAAAGAAAAACAUGUCGAAUUAGCACUCCUUCAGAUAAACAUUUGGGAAACAGUGUUAUUCAUAUUGAUGAUAUUGGGAUCUGGAGCAUGCUUGCAGCGAAUGCGUACACUAACAUUGCGUCUCGUUUCCAUCACAAUGCCACUAGAAAACGCGCUGUUACUAGUCACACAGUGUGGCGUGUACCUAUAUUACCUUUUUCAAAUAAUAGGCGCCGGAUUUCUUUUACAACGAUUUUCAGAAGAAAGACGUGCGACUAGAAUAAUAGCUCCACUAUUUGCAGUGAUACAAAGCUCUUGUCAAACUCUGCUAAUCCUAGAUGCAUGGUCAAGACGUUGCGCAGGAGACAAAGAUCGUUCGGGCCGACAACUAAUUACCUUCCUCCUUGUUGGCAAUUUUGCUCUCUGGCUUCUCAAUCGCGUUAAAAAUGCUCGUGCAGAAUUUCAUCCUUUACAGAUGGAAUUUUACGGCGUUUGGGCCUGGACUCUUAUUACACACGUUUCGGUUCCUCUCUUAGUGUGUUACAGAUUUCAAGCAACAGUAUGCUUUUAUGAAAUAUGGAAGAAUUCUUAUAAAGUAAAAAAGGAAAAUAGUGCCAUGUAUGAUGAAAUUGAAUUAAAAGAUUAUCAUGUUGCAUAAUUA